AUGGCCUCAAUGUUGCUUAGUCGACAGCUGACGUGUUGCCUGCAGCAGAACUCCAGACUACCUAUCUUUGGAUGCAGGUAUAUCAGUCAAGCUGCAGCUAAAAUUGAUGUGGAUUUUGAUUAUGAUGGACCUCUAAUGAAGACAGAAGUUCCUGGACCACGAUCUAGAGAAUUAAUGAAGCAGCUGAAUGGCAUGCAGAACGCAGAGGCUGUGCACUUCUUUUGCAACUACGAAGAGAGCCGAGGGAACUACCUGGUAGAUGUCGAUGGCAAUCGCAUGCUGGAUCUCUACUCUCAGAUUUCAUCCGUCCCAAUAGGUUACAGCCAUCCCUCUCUGAUAAAGCUUCUACAGCAGCCACAGAACUUGAGCACUUUUAUCAACAGACCUGCCCUUGGGAUUUUACCUCCAGAGAACUUUGCAGAGAAACUGAAGGAAUCUCUUUUAUCAGUGGCUCCUAAGGGCCUGUCACAGGUGAUCACCAUGGCCUGUGGAUCGUGCUCUAAUGAAAAUGCCUUUAAAGCAAUAUUUAUGUGGUACAGAAACAAGGAGAGAGGCCAUAAUAAUGUCACAAAAGAGGAACUGGAAUCUUGCAUGAUUAACCAGCCCCCUGGCUGCCCUGACUACGCCAUGCUCUCCUUCAUGGGCAGCUUCCACGGAAGGACCCUGGGUUGCUUAGCUACAACUCACUCUAAAGCGAUUCACAAACUGGACAUUCCAUCACUGGACUGGCCUAUUGCUCCAUUUCCAAGGCUAAAGUAUCCUCUGGAAGACUUUGUGAAAGAGAAUCAACAGGAAGAAGCCCGUUGUUUAGAGGAGGUGGAAGACCUGAUUGUAAAGUACAGGAAAAAGAAGAAGAUUGUGGCUGGAAUCAUUGUAGAACCAAUCCAGUCAGAGGGUGGGGACAACCAUGCUUCAGAUGACUUCUUCAGAAAGCUACGAGAUAUUGCCAGAAAGCAUGGCUGUGGCUUCUUGGUGGAUGAGGUGCAGACAGGAGGUGGCUGCACAGGGAAGUUCUGGGCGCACGAACACUGGGGCCUGGAUGACCCAGCUGAUGUGGUAACAUUCAGCAAGAAGAUGAUGACAGGAGGAUUUUUCCACAAGGAGGAGUUCAGGCCAAAUGCUCCUUACCGGAUUUUUAAUACCUGGCUUGGAGACCCAUCCAAGAACCUUAUGCUUGCUGAAGUCAUUAAGGUUAUUAAAACAGAGGACCUUCUAAACAAUGCAACCCAUGCUGGGAAAGCACUGCUGACUGGGCUGCUGGAUUUACAGGCUCGUUACCCCCAUCUUAUCAGCAGAGUGAGAGGAAGAGGAACAUUCUGUUCGUUUGACACUCCCAAUGAUGCUACUAGAAACAAGUUAAUUACAAUAGCCAGAAACAAAGGUGUUGUGCUGGGAGGCUGUGGUGACAGAUCCAUUCGCUUCCGUCCAACACUGAUCUUCAAGGACCACCAUGCACACCUCUUUCUGAACAUUUUCAGUGACAUCCUAGCAAACUUCAAGUAA